AUGUCUUCCUCUCGCUCUCCAUCUCAAAUUUCUCCAACCCCUGCCCAACCAAACGCAAAAGCACAAUUACUUCCUGCAAACACCAACAAGUCUCCUUGUGAUCUCACUUCUCCUUUGUCUCAUUUGUCUUCGCCUCAUUCACCUCCUCAAUCUCCUUCUACUUCGACCUCUACUUCUACGGCUCUAUCCACUUUAGCUCCAUCUCGUUCUUUCCCCACUCUUCCUUCAACACAUUCAUUACAUCUCCAUGCAAUUUACCAACAAUCCCUCUCUACUAAUGACGAUGAGAAUGCUCAGAAUUCCAAUGAUUCAAUCGCCACUUCUCCUGCUCCUCCUCCUUGCCCUCUUCUCUCUCCAACGUCACCUCCAAUUCUCAUUUCCACUCGCAUGCCUCCUCCUUCUCACACAUCUCCUCCUCUAUCAUUCCACACUUCAAACUCCACCACACACUCACAAAUAUCCCAAUCCGCACACAACACACAACACACAUCAGUUCCACAUGGGGAUGCAUCCCUACUCUCCAUCACGGAGACCACCACCACC